AUGGCGUCUCGGAAACUCAACGUGCUAGUGUAUACAGGCACAGGGAGUACGGUUGAAUCCGUUAAGCACGCCAUCUACUCUCUCCGCCGCCUGCUCUCGCCGAACUACGCCGUCAUACCCAUCACCGAAACCGUGCUGCUCAAAGAGCCAUGGGGGCCUUCGUGUGCGCUCCUUGUCUUCCCUGGUGGUGCUGACCUCGGCUAUUGUCGGGUUCUCAAUGGUGCGGGCAACUCCAUCAUAUCCCAGUAUGUGCGCCGGGGCGGUGCAUAUCUCGGGUUCUGCGCCGGAGGUUACUACGGAAGCAGGAAAGUCGAGUUCGAGGUCGGGGACAAACACCUGGAGGUCAUCGGAUCGAGGGAGCUGGCCUUCUUCCCCGGGACAUGUAAAGGUGGUGCAUUCAAAGGCUUCCAGUACCACAGCGAGAAGGGUGCUCGGGCGAUACGCAUCAACGUGAAGAAGGGCGCAUUCAAAGGGGCAGGUGUGGUACCUGAGGUGUUCACAUCAUACUACAACGGGGGAGGCGCUUUCAUACUCUCUGGAGAGCGUGACGAGGACGUCGAGGUUCUGGCUAGCUAUGCCGACGAGAUCGAUAUUGACGCUGGCGAGGAAAAGGCCGCAUUGGUGUACUGCAGGGUCGGCCAAGGAGCAGCGAUCCUCACCGGACCUCAUCCUGAGUUCGCUGCAGCGGACCUCAGUCCGCACCAUAUCAUCGAAGGGUACGACGAUCUACUUGCUCGUCUUCGAGACGACGAUAGCAACCGUGCAAGCUUCCUGGAGGCUUGUCUGUCCAAGCUUGAGCUGGAAGCCAACCAAGAAUCAUCAGGUGUGCCUUCCCUGUCUCGACUUCAUCUGUCAUCUAUCAACAGCCGCGAUGUGGACGACAUGCUGCAUUCUUGGGAGGAUAUCAUAACAAGGGAAGAUGGGGAGGAGUAUAUCAGGGGAGAGCAAGACACCUUUCAUCUGGAAAAGCCAGAGACCCGGUGGUCGAUGGGCGGCUUGAAGGAGUCAUUGCCUUCAAAGGGGACUACGGAUCAGCUUACGUCUGCGUCUAGCCGAAACGAUGAAGCUAUAGUCGACUACAGCACUGUCACGAAACGCGUUGUGCUGCAUGAAAACGCAUGGCCUGAAGCUAAGGCGACCCCUUACUUCAAUCACCACGCCUUCUUCACUAGUCUGAAGGAGUACCGGAAGACAGAUACCGAGGCUGAGGAAUGGGGCGACUUUCUGAUGUAUGGCGAAGCCGUCACUAGUACGAACACCCUGCUGGAGAAGAAUUUCAAGUUGCUCUCCAAGCUUCCCUCUGGCUUCACCCUCGCAGCCACAACACAAGUAGCAGGACGCGGCCGUGGCAGCAAUGUCUGGGUGUCCCCAGCUGGGUCUUUGGUCAUGUCAACUGUCAUCAAUCAUCCCGCCCACCUCGCGCCAAGCCGGCCCAUCGUCUUCAUCCAGUAUCUAGCCGCGGUUGCCAUCGUCGAAGCCGUCAAGAGCUACGACCACGGGUACGAAGACGUGCCGGUCAAGCUGAAAUGGCCAAACGAUGUCUAUGCACGCGAUCCACGGCAGCCAACAUCACCUCCAACCUACGUCAAGAUAGGCGGUAUCCUGUCUAAUUGCGCCUACUCCUCAGGCUCCUACCAGAUCGUGUUGGGUAUCGGUCUCAACACCACGAAUGGGCGCCCCACGACAUCUCUCGACGCUCUGCUCCCAUCGCACCUCGCGCCCUUCCGCAUCGAAAAGCUCCUGGCACGGAUCCUCACGCGGCUGGAAGCGUUAUACAAGGCAUUUGUGCGCCGCGGUUUCACGCGAGAUAUGGAGUACGCGUACUACAACCACUGGCUGCACGGCCGCCAGAUCGUCACCCUGGAAGCCGAGGGCGGGGUGAGGGCGCGGAUCGUGGGUAUCACGACGGAUUGGGGGAUGCUCAAGGCUGAGGAGCUUGGUUUUGACGACAAGCCGACGGGCAAGAUUUGGGCUCUGCAGAGCGAUGAGAAUAGCUUUGACUUUUUCCGCGGUUUGGUGAAGAGGAAGAUCUGA